GAGGCAGCUAACUGAGUCACGGGAGCUUUGAAUCUCUGCAAGAUCUUCAUUUGUUUUCUAUCAUUGCGGCAAGGAAUCAUAGCUAAGUAUUUGGUCAACCGUGAUUGUAUGUGUCUAGGUUAACUAUCUUUACUAUGCAAAUAAUUUGUCUGACAUCAAGGGAAUUCUAGCGUGGAUUCAAAUCUCAUCACGUGAAUUAGUCCAUGCUGAUAGGACUGUGAAGGACUACAUUCAAGACAGCAACAGGAACCCGGUCAGAAGUUUAGUUGCGGGUAGAGAUGAUCCUCAACGCAGUGCUGGUGGUCUUGACGGACCUGGCCGCCCACCUGUUGGGAAACCCUUUGUUCCGUCGGCACUUCCACCUCGCGUUGUCUGUCACAGUGGUGUUCGGCCCGGCGCUCAGUCUCUGGGUGUCCCAGCACAGCAUAUUUGCCAAGAGAAGCCACUUCCUGUACAGGAUGUUUUUGCGAUCUGGUUGGGGAUGGACGUGCGUUUUCGUUGGAUCCUUUGUAUUCCUUCUGUCAUUCUCCACCCGUCGUUCCCUCUCACUGUCCUUCCGUCAUCUCUCCCGGCUCGGAGUCGCUGGUGGACUGUGGUUCGUCUUCUGCAAACUUCUCGACGUUCUCGAAAACGCUACAGGAAGCUGCUACGAGCCCCUACCGGGCAACCCGGAGAACGACGACAGUCAGCCUCUGUUAGUGUUGCGAGAAGGCGAGAGCAAGGCGGAAUGCCUCAAAGAUGGGAUGCUGUGGAGAGGAUAUGAGGUUUCAGAGGAUGUCUUCCUCCUGUGUCUCUGCUGCCUGCUGCUCGCCGAGGAAACAGCGGUGUUUGGCCCUUAUCUGAGCCUCGGUGGAUGUUCUGACGCCCCGCUUAGGAUCCUCUUCCUGUUCUGUGUUCUCCUGCUCAGCCUCUGGCUCUUCCUGCUCCUCUGUCUCCUCGCCUACUUCCCUCAAUUCCCCACCCAGCUGAUAGGAGGGGCUCUUGGUUGUUUGAGUUGGAGGGGAUUGUAUCAAGGGUGGUACUGUCAGGGUCCCUGCUGGUACUGUCCCGGGAGACCUGGAUUUGGACUCCUCAAAAACCAAGACUGACGUGGAACACAGAGAUCUGGGUGCACGGGUGUUGUGGGUUUCAUCCCAGGAUCCCCCCCAGUUUACCCUGAGUUGAUCCGAGUGCUGCUUUAUCGGUGUGUGAUGUUACUUUCCCAUCAGACUGUUCAUCUUUCAUGAAUUCUUGUGGGUGAAAGAGGGUAUAAAAGGGCUUUGAGUAUCUUGAAGGUAGAAAAGCGCUUCACAAAUAAAGCUCAUUUACCACACAGCUUCAACAACU